AUUGCGCCUCUAACUUACAUUUAUAACAGAUCUUAAACAAAUAAACUUAUCAGGGUUUUCAUUCCGAUCUCUUAUCUUUGCUCCCUGGUGUGGAGUAAGCUGCAUGAAAAGUCUCUAUGGAAGGAAUACAAAUACUUUCUUGACAACAAAUCCAAACCUGAAGAAAGCGGAGAAUGGCGUCAGAAAAAGAAGAGAAGAGUGCUAGGGAGAAAAACAAGCAUGCAGAUUGGCGAGUAAAGGUGUGGGACAGAUUUAAAGAAACAGAGGGAGACAAAUUACCACCUGAUGGCCAUGUCUUCUGGAAUAAAGUUUACCUUGCUACCAAACUUUUUUUCUCCGGCUUUCUUUUCAUGGUGGUGCUGUGUUCUGCAGUUGUGUCAAAAGGAGUUUUACUUAUUUUGACAUGGAAUAUAUUCACACCUGCAGAUGAAACAUCAUCUGGUUUGAAGACGUUUGACAAACUUUUUCACUACAACAUAACAGUGAACCAAACCACUACUGGCAAUGAUUUUAUAACAAAUAUAUAUUUCAUUUGGGCGUUGUUUGUUAUGGUUGUGACACCAAACGUUUUCACAGUGAUGUUCUGUGUAUGGAGAAUAAUAUUUAGAAAAUCAGGAACUCUACGUUUUAAAACACUUUUAGUGGCUCUUUUACCUGCAACACUCCAUUCAGUUGGGCUCAGCUUCCUCGUGUUUUACGUGCUUCCAUCCCUUGACCCAAUUUCUGGAUUAUGGUACAGUUGUAGCGUGUCGUUUAUACCAUCAAUUGUAAAGCUUCAUUUUGGAGCCAAGAAGCUGCGCAAGCACAAAGAUUCAAAUGAAAAUGAGUCAAGGUUUGCCUGGUCUUUCUUAGUAAGGAUAAUGGCGUUUUUGUUAAGCGUAGUGUCAUUGGCUUUUUGGGGUGUUUACAUAUCACAAGCAUCAACGUCAGCAGUCCGAGUGGCUCAAAUUGUGUUAUCGGUCUUAUCGCCUAUUCUGGUGUCAGUAAUUUGGAUGGACAACUUUCUACCGAGUUUGCAAAAAGAACAAGAAGUAGGAAACGGUCAAAAAAAAAAUCACGUGAAAAAGGUUAUGAAUGCAAACAAUAACAAUGAACUUACAGGUAAUGAAAGAAACGACAACGAUGACAGUGAAAAACAAAUCUCAUACCCGAACUGGAUUUAUGAGUACAAGCACACAAUAUUUCGCAGUAGCUUUAAAAUGCAUGCAGUCAUCAACACAUGGAAGAUAUGUAUUACCUUUGUGAUGGUUAUUGCAAUACACGGGUCGCCAUGUGACAACUGUUUGGAAGCCUUAUUCGGGAGUUUAAACCAACCUGCAAAACAAAUGUCUCCGAUUAUAGACGAUAACUGGUUGUUGAACGUGGACCUCUGCGAAACUGCUACACCAUUUAUUGUCGCGGUUGUUGGUAUAUCAACUAGCCUCGUUUGCCAAAGACUAAGUGUCGCAGCAAUAAAAGUUCUAGCUCAGAUUCAAGGCUUCUCAGCGCCUGUUUGUUUUGUGACACCUGUUACAUUUGUUUUGAUAGUGACAGUUUCUUCUCAGCUGAACAAUGGAGACUAUAUAUGCCAAUUUCCAUUUCCGUGGUUUGAUGGGAACAAGCCAAUCAGCAAUCUCGCAUAUAUGAUAAUUGCUUCACUCACAGGAUACUUGGGUCUCAUACUUACAGCGGGCCAUAUAUGGACAAUAGAAACGGAAAGGAUGAGUAAAGAAAACAUGAUAUUUUAUGCACCUUCAUUUUGUGGAGUACUUUUGGAGCAGUCGUUAAUGCUAAAUAAAUGCAAGGAGAGCAACUUUCAGACAACACCUGUUUCAAAGACAAACGAUACGACUGAUAAUGUCUCCCAAUCAAACCCUGGAGGAACGACCGACGUAGAUUCUAAUAGGAAAGAAGGCAAUAAAACAAAUAAAUUACUAGAAGGUUUUCCAAUGAUAUAUUUUUGCGCUACUAUGUGGCAUGAAACGGAAGUUGAGAUGGUACAGCUAUUAAAGUCUCUGUACAGGAUGGAUUUUGAUCAAUGUGUACAGGGAAUUCGCAAGCAAAAACAAGAUUACUACAACUUUGAAGUACAUAUUUUCUUCGAUGACGCAUUUGUUGAAGGGAAUCAGAUGAUUGCAAACCAUUACGUACAUACAUUUAUUAAAGCCUUGUACCGUACUUUCAAGAGUUUGUAUCAAAACAAGAUCAAACCUAUUAAGUCUCCUCGACGGAGAAUUACACCUUACGGGGGUCGUCUCAUAUGGACGUUACCUGGUGAAAAUCGACUAAUUGCGCAUCUGAAGGAUAAGUACAAAAUCAGAAGAAAGAAGCGAUGGAGCCAGGUGAUGUAUAUGUACUAUUUCCUUUCACAUAAACUAAGUGAUGUUGAACAAGACCAAGAUAAACAAUUAGAGAUAGCGAGGAACACUUUCAUAUUCGCUCUGGACGGUGAUGUUGACUUCAGACCAGAAGCUGUCACACUGUUGAUUGAUAGAAUGAAAAGGAAUGAGCAGACGGGCGCAGCUUGCGGACGGAUACAUCCAAUAGGAGAUGGACCUAUGGUAUGGUAUCAGAAGUUUGAGUAUGCAAUUAGCCAUUGGUUGGUCAAGGCUACAGAACACGUGACUGGUUGCGUUCUUUGCAGCCCUGGUUGCUUUAGUUUAUUCAGAGGGUCAGCAUUGAUGGAUGAAAACGUAAUGAAAAGAUACACCACCAUGCCAACCGAAGCUCGCCAUCAUAUACAAUAUGAUCAAGGCGAAGACAGAUGGCUAUGUACGCUUCUGCUGAAGCAAGGCAAAAAGGUCGACUAUUGUGCUGGAUCGGAUGCUUUCACGUUUGCACCUGAGGGUUUCAAAGAAUUUUAUAACCAGCGGCGACGUUGGACACCUUCUACGAUGGCAAAUAUUUUAGAUUUGUUGUCGGACUGGAGAGUAAUAACGAGAAACAACGACAACGUCUCUAUACCGUACAUUUGUCUGCAGUUGUCCUGGUUUGUGUCGUCAAUAUUGACCCCUGGCGUUCUUCUACUGAUGAUAAUCGGGGCGACGAAUCUUGCCUAUCCUCAGUUAUCACUGCAUGCCGCCUUGCUGAUUAACUUACUACCUGUUGUUUUGUUUGUAAUUGUUUGCUUCUUUGCCAAAACUGAACACCAGCUCAAUGUAGCAGCCGCACUGUCCAUUAUUUACACACUUGUUAUGAUGAUAGUUCUUGUUGGUUUGAUAAGAGAGGUUGUCGAAAGUGGAUUGUGUUCAGUCAUAACCUGGUUUCUCCUUAUUGUGUCUGGUAUAUUUGUACUGUCAGGAUUAUCUCACCCAAAGGAAACAAAAUGUCUCAUCCAUGGCUUUUUAUUUUUCAUUGCCAUUCCGUCUAUGUCAAUGCUUCUUAUGUUGUAUUCGGUCAUUAAUAUGAACAACGUUUCUUGGGGAACCCGCGAGGCUCCUAAAACAAAGCAAGGUGAUGGAAAGGAAGACAACAAUAAUGUGAGGGAUAUUCAAAGUUUGGUGGAUAUAAUUUUAAGCUGCAGCUGCUGUCAACCGCAAGUGUUGCAAAGGGAUAAUAAAGUAGAUGUCGGGUUAGAACAGAGAAAGAGCGAUUUAAACAAGUUAGAGGCUGGAACACUGCAUGCAAAUGAUAGCAAAUCAGAAGAUAAUGGAGAAAAACAUUCUGAUACAGCGACAAAUACAGCUCCGCCUGCUACGGCACCAGCUGAACCAUAUGCUGAAUAUCUGAAUUUUGUUCCGGAAUCGUCAGAGAAAAUCAAGUAUCUUACUUUAAGCGAGGAAGACUUUUGGAAGUGGCUUAUUGAAACAUAUCUGUAUCCUGGUGAAAAAACUCAUUGCAGUGCUGAAGAGGAGGAAAAACGUUUGAAGGAACAGGAAAAGGUUAAAGAAGAAUUAAAGGAAUUAAGGAACAAAGCAAGUUUAGCGUACCUCCUGAUCAACGCACUUUUUAUCACAGUUAUAUAUUUCCUGCAACAAUCAAACGUGGACACAGGGGGAGGGUUAUCAGUGCGCAUUGAAUGUGGGAACGGGGAUGAGUUGGUGCUUGAACCGAUAAGUUUGGCAUUCACUGCUGUGGCUGGGAUUCUCUUAGCAAUUCAGUUUGUGUGUAUGUUAAUACAUAGGUCAAAAACGUUUUUGCAAAUUAAUUCGAUAACAGAGAUAAAGCAAGAUGAAGUGGAUAAAUAUGUUAAAAUGUUUUUCUACGAUGCCGCAAAAGAAGUGAUGAAUGAGAAGCCAGAGAAAGAAGACAUUGAACCUGUCGCGGAAGAAAAAAAGAAACCGAAAGAUUCUCUGAAACAAUUUAUAGCGAAAAAUGUCUUAGAGAAGCUGAACGAAGCACGUGAUUUAGCAUCCGCUUCUCAUAAGGAAAACAUAGACAUGAAAGUUGCUGAUGGUAUCAAAGCUACUUCAAGCACUAACAAAGAUUCAAAGAAUAAAUUUAGGAAGACAGUGUCAUCAGUUAUCAUUAAUAUGAGCCAAGAAAAGAAACAAAAGUUAUUAGAAAAUGAUAGCUUCAUACAAUUGGAAAAGUGCCUUUUAAAGGCAGCAGAAAGAAGUGGAGCUGUGCAACCACAAAAUGGUGCAAUCAAUGUUAAUGGACCAAACCAUGACAAAUUUUUGGAUGGUAAAGACGACGAUGAAGCAAAACAAAGAAAAAUGCAAAUAGUUGUCGACGUUUUUCAGUCCUCAGCUCCUAGUAGAGCCAACGAUUCGACAAUAAGUCAGCAGACUACAGCCUGAUAGACUUUUAAAAAAAACAUGAAACAAAAUUUUUUUAGAAGUGUUCUUUUAUAUCAGUGUAACAAAUGUAUCCAAGUAAUUUAUUCAUUAAAGCAGGCAGGAUAUAAACUUU